AUGGCAGCAAAGGGGAAGUCAUCAGUAGAUGUGCAGAGGAAUUUUCAGGGGUUUAUAGCCAUUCUAACAUCUGCAGCAUGUGAAUGGUUUUUGAUAUUUCUUCUGUUAGUCGAUGCACUGUUAUCCUAUCUGCUGACUAAGUUUGCGGUCUAUUGUGAUCUGCAAACUCCUUGCAUCGUGUGCUCAAGGUUUGAACAUAUUACUGGCAAGGAAAGCUCUCAACUUUACGAGGAACUACUUUGCAGCAACCACAUAUCAAAGCUCGCAUCUUGGAUAGCUAGUCAAAAUUAUGGUAAGGAUGAUGACAAUGAAGAUUACUUCUUUCCUUUCACCACAAGGGACUACUCCAACCGAGAAAUGCAUAUGUUUUCAUAUGGUAAUUCGGUAUCAGAUAUUGAAAGUUCUGGUCUUCGGAGGCGUGUGGUUGGCAGAAGUUGUGUUCAUAGUCCUGUUCAUAGCCCUGUUCAUAGUUCUGUGGAUGUAGGUCAAUGGUCUCGUUGCUCUAGCCCUUGGGGACGUAGAGGAAAUCCUAAAGGACUAGAACUCAAAUCAUCUGGGAAAAAAAAUCCCAAGCCUAAUAUUCCUUUGCCACGUUUGCCAAACCGUAGCCGUUCAAAUCGAGACCAGGAUAGUUCAAAGAAGACCAGGGAUAAGUCUCCGGCGUCAGCUACUAGUCGUCAUUCUGCAAAAGUAGGAGUUGAUCCCUUGUCACAUGUAGGAUACAGUGAAUUGAAUCUCUUUUCUGAUACUGACUCAGAGUCUCUUUUUACUGAUGGGGAUGAUGGAAGCAAUGUAUCCAGUGCAAGUCAUGAGCCUAAGAUGGAAUGUUCCAGACGUGCUUCACGGUAUCGGCCUAAAGCACCACCAAAUGGUUUGAAGUCAAGAAGGCAUAGAAAUCGGUCCUCCAAACCCAAGCGGUCACUUUCAGAACCUUGGCCUGUUUUUAGGAAAUCCUCUGAUGUAAAAUAUUUGGGUUCUGAUAAUGAAUUUGAGAUUGGCUUCCGUGAGCUUAACUAUCAGCAAUCCAAUCAGAAGUCCAACCCUUCUGCAUUACCUGAGCUUAUUUCACUGGAUGACGUCUUUGCGUCACCCAGUGUACAAGAAAAGGAUAUUAAUGGGACAGGCGACUUUGGAUUUGCAUCUUUCAAUAAGAAUGUCGAACUUUUGAAGUCUAUUUGUGCAAAUGACGGAGCAUCUGAUAAAAAUGAUCCAGCUGUUAUAAAAUCAAACCAAAGUAAUGUAAAUGCCAUGUCUGAGUCCGAGGGAAGUGCUAGGGAAAAGGAUUCAUCUAGUAUUACUACAGAAGCUCCUCUUAUAAAACCAAGCCCUAGUAAUGUAGAUCCUGUGUCCAAGUCACAGGGAUGUGUUCAGGAACGAGAUUCAUCAGGUAUUACUACAGACGCACUUAUAAGUUCAAACCAAAAUGCUAUGUCUGAGUCAGAAGGAAUUGGCAAAGAAAGAGAUUCAUUGGGUAUUACUACAGAAGCACUUAGAAGCCCAUACCACAGUAACUUAAAUGCUAUGUCUGAGAAAAUGAAACUGUUAGCUCAACAGGACUCUUCUGCUCGGGAGAUUAAGUUCUCACCAAAGAAUACAAGUUCGACAGUAGAUGGUUAUCUGGGUGAAAAACAGACUACUGAUGCUUCAAGCUCUAAUGCAAACCCGAUGCUUCACUCGUCAGCAUCAGUAGAAUCGGGUCUUGAAUCGCUGGAUGGAGGCUAUGUCAGUGAAAUUGAAGGUGAAAGUAUAGUUGAUCGGUUAAAACGACAGGUUGAGUAUGACAGGAAAUGCAUAAAGGAGCUGUACAGGGAAUUGGAAGAAGAAAGAAGUGCAGCUGCAAUUGCUGCAAAUCAGGCAAUGGCCAUGAUCACUAAGCUCCAAGAAGAGAAAGCUGCAUUCCAUAUGGAGGCCCUUCACUACUUAAGAAUGAUGGAAGAGCAGGCUGAGUUUGAUGUGGAGGCACUGGAGAAAGCCAAUGAUCUCCUGGCUGAAAAGGAGAAAGAGAUACAGGACUUGGAAGCAGAGCUAGAGUUUUCUAAGUUAGAAUUCCAAGAUGAAUCAAUGAUGGAGAAUCUAAAUGCCAGAACUUCGGAUUUAGUGGGUGGGAUUGAACCGGUGGAGAGUACUGUUGUGCCUGGUGUGAAUAACGAUCUCACUGUUACUUGCAACUCAAUGCCUACUGACCUACCGAUAGUCAGUAACCAACCUCCUUUUUCUGAAACUACUCUUCUAGAGUUUGAAGAUGAAAAACUGUACAUUACAAAUUGUUUGAAGAGCUUGGAGAGGAAGCUUUCAGAAAUUUACAGUAGGGGGGCUUCCUCCAAAAUGCUUAAUGGUGAAAAUCAAGCAGAGUCUCCUAGAAAAGAGAAGAGUCUAUUAAAUGAUGGAAAGAAUCAAGAAGAGACUCCUAGGAAAGAGAGGCAUGAAUUAUAUGGUCAGCUUGAAGAGAAUGUUCUGCAUGGGAAAAAAGAUUUACAUAUGUCUAACGGAAGACCUGCUGCUCGAGAAGGGCAAACUGAUUGUGAUGGUGGUGGUGAUUUAGAAUGUAAAGAAGCCAUUAAUGAUUCUGAUUUCCAUGGGGAAAAUAAUAUCAUGGAUCCUAGAGAAAUGGAUAUGGUUAUUCUGGAAAAUGAAAUCUCAGACCUUAAUGAUAGGUUGGAGGCACUUGAGACUGAUCAUGAUUUUCUUGAGCACAUGCUCUACUCUCUUCAAAAUGGAGCGGAAGGACUACGAUUUGUUCGAGAGAUAGCUCAUCAGCUGCAAGAGUUGCGGAAGAUAGGGAGGGGUUUCAGAUGAUAGUCUGCUCCCUAACCUCAAAUACGUUGUAAGCAUGGUAGGAACGACCUGAAUAUGUAUGUCUUUCUGCUUACAUUUCCUACA